AUGAUGUCGAUACCAUCAUGCACUGCCCCCAAGUUCCGGGUUGCGAUUUGUGGUGCGGGACCUGGAGGCCUCGCUCUUGCAGCAACUCUUUCUCGCUAUAACGAUCCCGUCGCGCCUGUUGCUAUCGACAUUUAUGAGUCUCAGCCUACUCUUGGUACUAUUGGGGCUGGCAUCAGUGUGUGGCCGCGAACACGCCAUUUGCUAGGUCGUCUGGGCCUUAUGGACGGGCUGAAGGAUGAAAUUGGUGCGACUGAGAGACCGGAAGGUGGUAAAGGAUUUCAUUUCCGAAAAUCCGAUCCUCCAGAAGUAGGUUACAAUUUUUAUGACAUGGCUAUGCCAACUGACCCUUUACUUAUACACCGCUCGGCACUUGUCACCGUGUUAAGAGGCGGAUUUGAUUCACAUCCGUUUUGUACCAUCCACACCUCAGCACGACUCCUGUCAUAUUCGUACUCCGUGGAAUCAGAUACGGAAUCACCGCUCACGCUCAAUUUCUCCGAUGGCUCGACUACUACUGCAGAUGUCCUCAUCGGUGCAGACGGCAUUCACUCGGUCGUGCGGGCGACCAUGUUUUGGGGACUUUCCCAUGGGGGUGAUUUGCCUCGCCAGCAGCCCAAAUGGACGGGCACUGUUGCAUACCGGAGCCUGAUUGAACCAAAGACGUUGGAUGGAAUAUGGAAAGGCCAUCGUGCCCUGACACUACCCAUGAUGGCGAGUCUUCUCACGUGUUCCUAUUGCGGUAAGGAUAAGCAUGUUGUCACCUAUCCGAUCUCGCAGGGCACGUUGAUCAACUUCGUCGGAUUCUAUACUGUUCCGGGUGCAGAAGGGACGACAUUUUCGGGGAAGUGGGUGCAAGAUGUUCUAGUUGAGGAGGUCAUGGCAUGUUAUGCAGGAUUCGAGCCGGAAGUACAGGCGCUCCUCAAGUGUUUUGACAAAGCGUCUGCCUGGGCGAUCCAUAUCUUAGAUUCGGUACCGAAGAGUUCAGACGGUCCAGUCGCCAUCAUAGGCGACGCGGCACAUGCCAUGGAGACCCAUUUUGGGGCAGGUGCCGGUCAAGCCAUGGAGGAUGCAUAUAUCAUCGGAAGGCUACUCACCCACCCACUCACGUCGCGAAAACACAUACACACCGCACUUUCUAUCUACGACAGCGCGCGUCUGAAGUUCGCUCAGGGCGUCGUGAUCAGUGCGAGGAUGGUGGGUCAAAUGUAUGAAUUUGGAAAAGGUUGGGCGCCUCCGGUGCGGAGCACGGAACAACAAGAGGAUGAAAUCCAGAAUGCGUCUCCGCAAACACCGGAAGCUAUAGAUUGGGCGCAAAGGUGGGGGAAAGAGGUUUCGGGGAGGUGGUGUUGGCAGUGGGAAGCAAACAUAGAUGCGGAUUGGGAUCGGGCCGAGUCGCAGCUGAAGGUCUCUGUACAGGCUGCUGCAGUGAUGGGCUGCUGUGGGGACGCAUCAUGA